CAACUGCGUCCUUCGUCGGACCAUUUGCUCUAGCUCUAUAUAAUCUGUUUCAUUCUGUUUUUAGCUGAAGUCUCGUAUUGCUACUUUCCCUUUUCAUUCUCCCGUUACAGUAGUAUUUCCAUUUCUUCUUUUUAUCUCCACAAGUCUUCAACCGGCCAUGGCAUCUGUGAACUUAGCACCCCAGUUUACUGAUGUAACCAUCUUCGAGGGAGAAGGCGGUGGAUACUACACUUGGUCAGCUUCCCUGUUUCCCUUGCUGAGUGAGGCUAAGUUAGGUGCUGGUAAGCUUGUCUUGCGUCCUCGGGGUUUCGCUCUACCCCAUUAUGCUGACUGCCACAAGAUCGGUUACUUUGUUCAAGGUAGCGGUCGGGUUGGAAUCGUACUACCAAACAGCCCAAAAGAAGUUGUUUUAGCUCCUAAGAAGGGAGAUGCAAUCCCGGUGCCUUUGGGUUCAGUCUCGUGGUGGUAUAAUGCCGGGGAAGACAACUCUGACGUGGAAAUAGUAUUCUUGGGUGAAACUGCUCAAACUUAUACUCCUGCCCAGUUUGACUAUUUCUUCUUGGCAGGAGUCCAGGGUGUUCUUGGGGGUUUCUCAACUGACUUUAUCACUAGAGCUUUCGAUCUCACCCAAGAUGAAUCAGACCAGCUCCUUAAAAGUCAAACUGGUUCUUUGAUUGUCAAACUUGCAAAGAAUCAGACGUUGCCAGAUCCAUGCAAAGAUGCUAACAUCAAUAUGUUAUACAACUUUGAAAGCGCAAAGCCCAGCAUCCACGUGAAUCAGGGCGGAUCACUUACCAUUGCUACUGCUGAAAAUUUUCCUUUUCUGAAGAAAGUGGGACUAAGUGCUAAUUUUGCGAAAUUGGAUCCGUUCUCCAUGUCAACCCCGAUGUAUACCGCCGAUGCAUCCUUCCAAUUGAUUUUUAUCACCAAAGGCAGCGGCGUUGUUGAAAUCGCGGGAUUGAAUGGUAAGAAUGCAUUGGUAGCCAAAGUGCAGAGCGGGCAGUUAUGCGUCGUGCCUAAGUUCCUCCCUGUUGCCAAGAUUGCGGAUGAGGAGGGAUUGGAGUAUUUCUGCGUCGUCACAUCGUUAGAGCCAUAUUUUGCCGAGCUAGCUGGGGAAACAUCAGUUUGGAAAGCAAUGGAUCCCUCGGUGCUACAAUUGCUUUCAACGUGGAUCCGGGGCUGGUGGAACUUUUCAACACCAAGAUUGGCAAGGGCAAAAUUUUUGUUCCUUCAAAGAAAUGAGUUGAGAAUUGGGACUUGAGGACUCCUAUCUCAAAGGCUACAAUAAGAUAUACAAGUAUCUAAAGACUAAUGAACUUUGGGAGGCCACUUAAUUUGAUUUGUUGUAAUCUGCUUUAAUUAUUCUCUCCGAAAUCUAAUUGUCAAGUUUUUUGACAUACGUACUUUUAAUCAUAUUUU